AUGAAUUGGCGAUCAAAGAAUGUGGUGUCCUGUUUAUUUUUUCGACCCUGGCUAGGGGUGCCUUUAGGGAUAUGGAUUGCGGUUUCUGUUGUGUAUUAUUGGUGGCUGAUAUCCCGUAUUAAUGUGCUUGAAACACAGAAUGAGGUAUUUAAGUCUCAAUUAAAAUUGUCGCAGAACGCAAUCAGACAAAUAUCAGUAAUAUCUGAUACCACCUAUCAUGUUCCUGUGAUACCAGACACAGUUGGAACAAUAUGCGAAACAAUCCACAUAGCCUUAGUUUGCAUGGGAAAGUGUACACGCAUUAUAAUGCCAAUGCUCAAAUCGCUGCUACAGCACCGCCAGAACCCAAUACAUUUCCACUUUAUUGUUGACUCACCUGCGCACCAAACUACAACAAAGCUGUUUGACACUUGGGACCUCCCUGAUGUGAAAUACACAUGCUACGAUGCGCAAAGCCGCCUCCCUGAAGUUCGCUGGAUACCGAACAGCCACUAUUCGGGCGUCUACGCGCUCGUCAAGUUACUGUUCCCCGACAUACUGCCGCCCACUUUGGACCAGGUCAUAGUGCUGGACUCGGACUUGACUUUCCUUUGUGACGUCGCCGAAUUAUGGUACAUGUUCAGGAACAUGAGCGACGACCAGCUGAUAGGCUUGGUCGAGAACGAGAGCAACUGGUACUUCGACACGGCCAAGCGCUGGCCCGCCCUCGGCAGGGGCUACAACACGGGCGUGAUGCUGCUUGACCUCGCGAAGAUCAGGUCCAGGGUCGACUGGGGCUCGUUGUGGCGGAGCGCGGUCAGCCAGAACAUCGAGAGACUCAAGCAGACCACCCUCGCGGAUCAGGACGUGAUCAACGCCCUGAUAAAGGACAACCCCACCUUCGUCUACAACAUGAGCUGCCAAUACAACGUGCAGAUGUCGACGAAGACGCUGGCAAAGGGCUGCUACGGCGAAGACAGGGAUAACGUUAAGAUAAUACAUUGGAACUCACCGACAAAGUACAACAUCAGAACGAGGGACUCCGAUUACUUCAGGAACAUACACCUCUCUUACGUCAACCUCGACGGGGAACUGUUGAGGGAAAAGCUGCACAGGUGUUCGCAACCCGAAUCCGUCACUCAUAAGAUGAACCAGUCCGACUUGUGUCUGAGUUUCCGAACGGCGCAGCGUGUCAAACUGCGCACACACCUGUACUACAUGGAGUACACGUACACGGACAUAGACAAUUUCGACGUCACCCUGGUCCUGCAGUUGUCUAUGGACCGUCUGCAGUUCCUCGAACGACUGGUCAAGUACUGGGAAGGUCCCCUGAGCGCCGCCAUCUACCUGUCGGACUGCGAGGUGACCAAAUUCGAGAGUUUCAUACGGGACUGGUCGGGCACGCUCAGCAGUAGACGGAACAUCGGCUACCACCUGGUGUUCAAGCAUGACGCGGUGCACUACCCAGUGAACUAUCUGCGCAACGUGGCCCUGGAGAAUGUCAACACGCCGUACGUGUUCUUGAUGGACGUAGACUUCGUUCCGAUGGCUGGUCUGUACGAUCACCUGCGUUACGCCAUCAAACUGAUCAAUCCCUACGCACAGAAAAAGUGCCUCGUGGUGGCGGCGUUCGAGACGCAGAGGUACCGCGCGUCGCCGCCGCGCAGCAAGGCGGCGCUGCGGGCGCGGCUCGCCGGCGACGUGGCGCCGUUCCGCGCGCGCGAGUGGCCGCGCGGGCACCGCGCCACCAACUACAGCAGGUGGCUCGCCGCGGACGUGCCCUACGAGGUGGAGUGGCAAUCGGAUUACGAGCCCUAUUUGGUCGUACAUCGGUCGGUCCCUAAAUACGACACUAGAUUCUCCGGCUUCGGCUGGAAUAAGGUGUCGCACAGCGUGGAGCUGCGCGCGCAAGGCUACCGCGCGGUGGUGCUGCCGGGCGCGUUCGUGGUGCACACGCCGCACGCGCCCUCGCACGACAUCACCGCCUUCCGCGCGGACCCGCGCUACCGCAUAUGCCUAGCGCUCUUGAAGCAGGAGUUCAUGGAAGACCUGAAAAGGAAGUACAACGUGACCUUGGAUGAGCCCUCCAAACAGGAGUCGAUCUACUUGGGGCAGGCUAAAAGCCUAUUGCUCAACCAAAAAGACAAAGCA